UGUGGUGUGGGGUGGUGCGGUGAGUGAGGUGUGAGGUUGAGGUGGGCGAGAGGGCGAGUGAGUGCGAGGGGUGGGUCUGAGUCUCUGCUGGGUUCGAUCAUGAGGGAGGAGCGAAGAGCGGAGGAGCUUAAGUUAGUCUAGAGGGGGCAGUGGCAGGCCCGUGGCCUGGGCUGGCCUGGAAAGUGGAAGGCGAGCGAAUGCAGCAGAGCAGAUAGUGCCGGAGGAAAGUGCUUGAUUUUGUGUCUCUGCGAAGAAGGAGCUCCUGUAGAGCGAGUAGCAGCACAUUUCGUUGGUUGGUUACACGGUCCUCAGGGGGCUGCACCAGGAACGGGAAGGCAAGGCCAGGCGAGUGAGCAAGCAGAAGCAAGAGGGGGAGGAGGAGGAGAAGGAGGAGGAGUACAACAGAGAAAGGACAGAGAGAACGAAAGAGAGCGAGAGGAAGGAAUAGAAGUCGGUGGAGGUGGAAGGCGUCGCGGCCACAACGACGCGAAAGACGCAGGAGAAGAAGGAGGCAACGAAGCCUCGCUCGCUCGCUCCUCCCUCUCCCUUUCUCUCUCUGUGUGGGUGUGGAAGGCGGGCGGUUGCGUCAGAACACAAGCGCUUUUGAGAGCGUCUGGUUGCUCUGGGCCAGCCUGCGCGCAUGGCAGUCGCAUUCUAGGUCAUUCUCUCAUUUCAUUCAUUCACAGCAGCAAGAGCUGGACGUGUGCCUGCAUUCAUGAUCCGAGCGACGACGAUCCAAUUGCUUCCAAUUUUUUCCCCGUGUACAGCUUCCAAUGCUCUCUCGUUCUUCUUCUCCUCGCUCUUCUUCUUUAUCUUCGCAACGUCCGGCCUGAGCUAGUCCUCUCCUUCCUCCCUUCGUCGUCACUGGAACUCCUCUUUCUCCUCAUCUUUGGUCUCCGAUCUUUUCGCUCUUCCGUCUCUUUCCUCCCCUUGCUCUGCAGGCAAAAUCAGAGGCGGGGGUUGAGCUACCCUCCUACCCAUCAAGCUCGAAUCAGUCCUCCUCCGCAUUUUCUCAUGGCUCUCUUAGGCUUUCUUUCAGGCGUGGCACUGUUGGCCAUCAGAUAAUCGUGUGCGACUCGUGAUCUUAACACCGCGGCUAUCGGAGCAAUUACACGCAAGGAUCGUAUUUGUAGACUCGCGCAGAUUGGACCCAAUAUUCUUGUAUUGCUGCUUAAAACGACUCAGGAGAAGCAGCCCGCCCGAUGCCUUUGAGCUUAGUUAACGUCGAUUGAUCGGAGUAGGAUCUUCAGAGAGCUCUGGACUGGCAGUUGAAGUCAGGCUCUCGUUUUAGAAAGGGACAAGCCAAAGGAACAGGUUACGCGAGGUUUCAACUUUGAGCUCUUGGGUAAACUAAUCGACAGCAGAGAUGCGUGCCAGGGCUGGCUCAGGCAUCGCUACGAAAUGGAUCGUGCUGCUGUGUUUCGCAAGUUUUAUAGUCGGCACGCUCUUCACAAACAGGAUGUGGCAAGGCCCGGACUCCAGUGGGGGCAUUGCAGAUGAAGUUCUUAUCGAAGCCCAACGCAAACUCGAGUCAAAUGGAGAACCUUGUGACUCUAAGCCUAAGCCUGUUAAUGGUGAUCAAAAGGACAUACUUAGUGAAGUAUCUAAAACCCACAUGGCAAUAAGGACUCUUGAUAAAACUAUCUCAUCACUGGAGAUGGAACUAGCUGCUGCCCGAGCAGCUCAAGCAACUAGUGUAAAUGGAUCUCCAAUUCUGGACAAGCCUGUUGGAGAGGUUACCGAGGGUCGUCAAAAGGCCUUUGUCGUUAUAGGCAUCAACACAGCGUUCAGCAGCAGGAAGCGACGAGACUCUGUGCGAGAGACGUGGAUGCCUCAAGGUGACAAAUUGAAGCAGCUCGAGCAAGAAAAGGGCAUUGUUAUCAGAUUUGUUAUUGGACAUAGUGCAACUCCUGGGGGUAUCCUUGAUCGUGCAAUCGAAGCUGAAGAUGCGCAACACAAUGACUUUUUGAGACUGGAACAUGUGGAAGGUUAUCAUGAAUUGUCUGCCAAAACCAAGAUUUAUUUUUCGACAGCUGUGUCAAAAUGGGAUGCCGAUUUCUACGUGAAGGUGGAUGACGACGUGCACGUAAAUCUAGGAAUGCUUGGCACUACUCUUGCCAGACAUCGAUCGAAGCCCCGCGUGUACAUUGGCUGUAUGAAGUCCGGACCUGUGCUUGCGCAAAAGGGAGUCAAAUACCACGAACCGGAGUUUUGGAAGUUCGGGGAGGAAGGAAACAAGUACUUCAGACAUGCAACUGGUCAAAUCUACGCAAUAUCGAAGGAUCUGGCCACUUACAUUUCAAUUAACCAGCCAAUUUUGCACAGAUACGCCAACGAGGACGUAUCCCUUGGGUCGUGGUUCAUCGGGUUAGACGUGGAGCAUAUAGAUGACCGAAGCAUGUGUUGUGGUACACCUCCAGAUUGCGAAUGGAAGGCUCAAGCCGGGAAUGUGUGCGUUGCAUCAUUCGACUGGGCCUGCAGUGGAAUCUGUAAAUCAGUGGAGAGGAUAAAAGAUGUACAUCAACGGUGUGGAGAAGGGGAGGGUGCUGUAUGGAGCGCAUCUUUCUGAAAGACGACAGCCUCUCAGUGGAUCUUUCUGCACCUAACUGCCUCUUAAUUUAACCUUGUUAAUCAACUCCUAGUGCCAAUUAUUUAGGAUAACCCAGGGAGCCCAAGCCAAGUAUGGAGGUGUAAUCUAUCAUGGAGCGAGAGAGGGCCAAGAAAGGCUCUUCGAGAAGGAUUGGUCUCGUCUCUUCCACCUGGGUCUGGUCAUGGAGUUCGUCCGGGAUGUUUCCUCCUUCAUCCGAGUUCUUCGAGAAGGGUAGGUGAGUUAUAGGUAGAUACAUGAGCAUCGAACUGUAUAUGUAGUCAGCGUCGUCUUGCCUAUGUGAGUCCUCCCUUGUUCAGAGGUGUGUACACGACGACCUGUCAGAAGCUUUAGUGCUAAAUUUUUCCUCUACCGUCACACGGUAUACACCUGUUUCCGUCGCCUGCAAAUUUUUGCCCGAGGGCAAAUGCUGUUCAAUAACAUCCCUCCUCGCAAACAGCUGUUUUCAGCAAUCCCACGUAGCCGCAGCACAGCCAUCCAACCCAACCCAACCCAACCCAGUCACUAUUUCAGACCCGACGGAUUACUGGGAAGUCUGGUCUGUUUCAAAUAAUUUUUGUAGUUCAUUAAUGAUGAUGUGAUGAUUAUGAUACCAGCGCACUCUCAUGAGGAGUCACCGAAGUGAUGUGCCUGUAGAGAGAGACGCUGCAAGCAGUGUAGAUCUUGGGCUUGACAAGAUGAGUUUCUUUAUAACUGAAAUGAGUUUACGGAGACUCGAAAGACGACGGAAGGGCUUCGACAGAUGAUGAGUGUGGAGGAAAUUUGUGAUCAACAACAUUGCAAAUCCUGCGAGGUCAAGAUUUUAUUUUUUGGUCGAGCCAGCCACUUCGAAAGAAGAUCGUAAAGAAUUGCGAUGGGAUGGCCGUAGACAUUCUAGCAGCGAAUCUUUUCAGUCGGAGCAAGAGUAGACGGACUGACUACCAGCCGCCAUUUCCUGAAGCGUUGCUGGAAUCAUGGUUCUCCAUAAUUGUCCCUGAUAGUUUGAUCCGGUCUGUAUUUUUUUUAAAAGGGGUCAAGUUUCUGUACAAUGUGUAGCCACCACCCCAUUUUAUAUCAUCGAGAAUUCGUUCCUCUUCCAGCCAGUAGAGACUUUCGAGUCUUGUGUCACACUAUUUAUUAAAAGAUGAAUUGUUCCGAAGGCUCUCACUCAGGCCACGCUCUUUUCACCACU